UGUUUUCCGGAUCCCUAAUACCUGACUGUCAAGAUGGCGGCCCCCAGGAGCUAUGUUCUAUGGAGCUACUGCGGCCGUGGGUGGUCGCGGUUGGUGCGAACCUGCGGGCCCCGAGGGCUUCAUAGCUCCUUGCCUGCGGGCUCAUUGGGUGUGCGGUUCUUGUCUCAAGAGAAGCAUGCAACGCAAACGCACUUCGGAUUUGAGACUGUGUCGGAGGAGGAAAAGGGGGGCAAAGUCUAUCAGGUAUUUGAAAGUGUGGCCAAGAAAUACGAUGUGAUGAACGACAUGAUGAGCCUGGGCAUCCAUCGAGUUUGGAAAGAUAUGCUGCUAUGGAAGAUGAACCCGUUGCCUGGGACUCAACUGCUUGAUGUUGCUGGAGGCACAGGUGACAUUGCAUUCCGGUUCCUUAAUUACAUUCAGGCACAGCAUCAGAGAAAGCAGAAGAGGCAGUUAAGGGCCCAACAAAAUUUAUCCUGGGACGAAAUUGCCAAAAAGUAUCAGGAUGAAGAAGAUCCCUUGGGUGGUUCCCAUGUCAUGAUCUGUGACAUCAACAGGGAGAUGUUAAAGGUGGGACAGAAGAAAGCCUCUGACCAAGGACACAAGGCUGGACUUACAUGGGUGCUGGGAGAUGCUGAAGAACUACCCUUUGAUGAUCAUAAGUUUGAUAUUUACACCAUUGCCUUCGGGAUCCGAAAUGUCAUACACAUUGAUCAGGCACUCCAAGAAGCUCAUCGGGUCUUGAAGCCAGGAGGACGGUUUUUGUGCCUGGAGUUUAGCCGAGUAAACAAUCCCCUCAUAUCCAGGCUUUAUGAUCUAUAUAGCUUCCAGGUCAUUCCUGUCCUAGGAGAGGUCAUUGCAGGAGACUGGAAGUCCUAUCAAUACCUUGUAGAGAGUAUCCGGAAGUUCCCAUCUCAGGAAGAGUUCAAGGAGAUGAUAGAAGAUGCAGGUUUUCAGAAGGUGACUUAUGAAAGUCUUACUUCAGGCAUUGUGGCCAUUCAUUCAGGCUUCAAACUUUAGCUCCUUUUCCUAUCCUGGAGAGAGAUCCAGUAAUACACUGUUGACAUCCUGGAACCCAAGGAUAACCUGGCUGAUGAGACAGCAGCUCCUAUUAAGGAUAUGAACCAUGGGCUCAUGUUCUGAAGCACCCAAAGGGGAAGAAACACAUCUAUGUCUUUUUUUUUUUAAAUAACUUUCAUUAGAAGCUGCUUAGAUCUUUUCUCAGAGGUAUUUGGUCUGUUAUUUUGUUUUUCUUCAACUCCUUUGGCUAUGCACUUUGGGGUUGGGUGAGAGCAGUACUAAGCCCUAACACACAGUUUCCAAGUACAGUAUAUUUUUGCUAAUGGCGCUGCCUUCCAGAGGGGUAAUGGAUCAUUUGAACCCAGUGAUGACUUACUGUGUUUGAGUCAAACUUUCACCAUGCUCUAGGACCUGAAAACCAAGGUCUAAGUCAGAGGGCUAACAACACUAGAAUUAUGGGCCAGGGUAUAGCUCAGAGCGUGUGCUUAGAAUACAAGAGAUCCUGGGUUUAAUCUUCAGCAUGCACACACAUCCUGGAAGUGUAUGGUGGAUCAGUAAAUGAAUUUACAAAUUGGAUAGUAUUUGUCAAUGUUUGCUUGCUUGCUUUUUCUUUUUUUGUACCAGGAAUCGAACUCAUGACCUCACGCUUACCAGGCAGGCACUGUGCCGCUGAGUUGUGUUCCCGGCCCAAUCAUUGCUUUCUUACAUGGAUUAAAGGAAAAAAAAUUUUUUUCAUGGUGCUGUAACUCAAACCCAGCUCCUCUCUUUAGCCCUGUACCACUCACGAACUACAUCCCUAGCCUGAAAGUACAUUAUUUCAUCAUGCUUUUAGUGCUCUUUGAUCAAAUUCAGUAUUUUCUCUUCACUGGCAGUCAUAAAAACACUCUACUAAAUCCUUGUUUAUAAAAUACAGGCAAACUCCUGCUUUCAUACCAAGAAAGAAAUAAAGAGCGGAGGCAGGAGAAAAGAAAGAGAACUAUUUAUAUAACUGAAUUCUUCCAGCAAUCAGGAAUGAAUCUGAGGGAGCUCAUUGUCUUUUGUUUGUUUGUUUUGUGAUACUGGGUAUUGAUCCCAGAACCUUUGCACUGAGCUCUAUCCCCAGCUCUUUAUUUUUGAGAUAGGGUCUUGCAAAAUCUCUUAAGUUACCCAGGUUUAUCUCAAAUUUGAUGAUCCUCAUGCCUCUGCCUCCCAGAGACCCUGAAUUAUAGGUGUGCACCACUACACAUGGCUUUUCUCUCACUUUUUUUUGUAGAGACAAUCUUACUACGUUGCCCAGGCUAAAAAAUAAAAAAUAAAUCGCCCAGGGUGGGCUCAAACUUGGAAUCCUCCUGCCUCAGCGCCCUGUUACAAUCCACUGUUUGAUGUUAAAGGAGGCUAUAUGCCAGGCAUAAUGACAGACACCUGUAAAUUCCAGCAUUUGGGAGGCUGAGGCAGGAAGAUCAUUGCAAGUCUGAGGCCAGUCUAAAAUAUACAGUGAGACUGUGUCUCAAACAAAAACAAAAAUAACUGUAGUUUUUGAAUAUGAAACUUAAUGGACCUUGCUAAAAAAUCAGUGUGUGUUAGGGCUGGGGAUUUAGCUCAGCGGCAUAAGCGCCUGCCCUGUAAGCAGGCAGUCGUGAGUUCGAUCCCUGGUACCUAUAAAAACGAAAAAGACCAAAAAAAAAAAAAAAAACCAAAAAAAACCAGUAUGUGAUUUGGCUAGCAGUUUAAUUGUGGAUAACUUAGCUCAAGGAUUUUUAAAAGGGAUUCAGAAAGAAAAAAAAAAAAAAGAUUCAGAUAUGCUGAUUACUGGCCCAGCACAGAAAGGAUCAUUUAUGUAUCUUUAUUAGAUCUUAUCACUGAAUAGUUUCCAGAUAUAGCUAGCUGUAUACAACAGUCUCAUAAACAGUUUAAGGGCAUUUGAGAAUAGAAAAACUUUUAGAUUACAUUUUGUUUUCAACCAGCUGGAGCCUGUUGGCUUUUGAAGCUAAUAGGAAAGAACAGACACUGGAAGGAAUUUCAUAAGCCAUCAACAAAGUCUUAUCACCAUAGCAAUGUGGUUUUCUCACAUCUGAAUCAAAAAAUUAAAGUUACAAGCUGUCAACUUCCUAACAGUAGAUAUGGAUCAAAUCAAAUCAGAUUAGUACCUCUAAUGUUCAGCUGUAAUGUCUUGAAUCACCUUUGGGUCUCUUGCUGGAAAAGAUCAUCAGUUUGGAACAGGGCUAACUGGAAAAGAGAGAGCUUUGGUGGCCAAAUUCCUCUUUGGGCUUUUUACAUAAAUACAAAUCUAAACCACCUCAGUGGCAUCAUUUUUGCAGAAAUAAUGAGAAAAAAACCUGUUGGACUAAGGAUGUGGUGGCACAUGUUUGUAAUUCCAACACUCAGGACACUGAGCUACGAGGAUCACCAUGAGUUCAAGUUCGGCAUGAACUACAUAACAAGACCUUUUGUUUUUUUAAGCCCUAUUGUUUUAACUGCCACAAAAUAAAUUUUUAGCUAAGUGUGAUGGUUCACACCUGUAAUCCCAGCACUCUUUGGGAGGCUGAGGCCGGAGGAUUAUUGUGAGCUUCAAGGCCAGCAUAAACUUUUUGAGACUGUCUUAAAAAAACAAAUAAAUAAAUAAAUUUGUACUCCUACCUUGAAA